UUUGUUGGUGAAUGUAUUGUUAGCUGUCCAUCUGAUAUAGUUCAUGAUACUUCCAAUUCCUCACCAAUGGUUAUUGGUAAAUGUAGCAAUGCCAGUCUUCUUGAUGUACCAACUUCUAGCGGGACUUCUUUAGCAAUUGAACUUGCUGAAUGUAUUGGUAAUGCUGCAUGUGACUUAACAGCUGAUACGGAUAGUUCAUUGAUGUGCCUUUCUUCCACCGCUGAUGAUGAACCUGAUAUAGUUUUGUGUAUGACGCCCUCUAAAGAUGUUUCUGCUCGUAUUGAUGAUGUUCCAGACAUUCCAUCAAGUAUCAUGGAGUUUGAUUUUCUGGAAGAUAUUCCUCUAGCUCAGUUAUCAGCUACAAAGACUACAAAGUCAACGAAGAGUAUCAAAAAGGAGAAAUUAUAAAUGUAUUAAUGUGCCCAAGAAAAGUCUGUUAAAAUAUUUUUGCGAACGUUUUUAUCUUUGUCAACCAUAUUGUAAUUUCUAUAGUAGACUCAAUCCCGGUUGUGUUAUCAUGAAUUGUACUUAUGGAUUUUGUGAAUCAUCUUUAAUAGUUUUGGUGGUGCAAAAUUG